CAGAAUCCCAAAUCUCUCACACACAGCAGCAAUCAUGCUGUCUUUGCGCGCCUUCGCUCGCGUCGCUCCUCGACGCAUCUCAUCCCGCAUCUCCACAUCAUCGAGUCUGCUUCGACCUACAUUCCAAUCAGCCGUGCGGAAUAAUGGCGUCUCGAUAAUUGGACGUGCUGCGACUGCGUCCUUCUCCACUUCUCGUCAACUCCUGGACCAAUACAGCCAACACCUCGCCGCUAAACUCGCAAAUGAAAUUGAGCUUGAGCAAGAAGAAGCAGCUGAGGGAGCAGCCUCCGAUGACGGCGUCAAGCAAUUUGUGGCGGAGAACCCCGAAUGGACCAUUCUUGAUGCGGAGGGCGAGCAGGACGUCUUCUUGCAGCGAAAAUUUGAAGAUGAGGAAGUGACCGCACACUUCAGUAUCUCAGACUUCAACAACCCCAUGCAAGACGAGAUGGCGAUGGAAGAUGACAUCCUGGGUGACGAGGAGGACCUCGAGGGCCAAAGUGGAGGCGCCAACACAGCUGGUUCCAGCAUUCAAGGUCGCGCCGGUGGCGGAAACCUCAAGGUCGGCACUGAGGACAACAACGCACCUGCUGACCGCGAUGUUCUUCAGGACGAGGAGGACCGUCAGACUUCCUUCCCGGUCAACGUCACCGUUCUUAUCCGCAAGGCCGGCAAGGGUAGCCUACGAUUCGAUCUGGUCGCUGAGAACGGCAUGUUCCUCAUUCAGCAAAUCACUCCCGUCUCAGAGUCCAGCGCCUCUGCAGUGGAACAGAUCCGAGAGGCUCUGUCCCAGCGAUCCAACCAAUACUCUGGCCCACCAUUCGAGCAGCUCGACGAGGACCUUCAAUCAAUGCUUGACGAUUACCUCGGUGUUCGUGGCAUCUCAAGCAAUCUUGCCAAUCUAGUGCCAGACUACGUCGACGUUAAGGAGCAAAAGGAAUACCUGGGCUGGCUCAGCCGUGUGAAGAACUUCGUCGACUAAAUGCUAUCUACGGAACAUUUCGCAUUUUAAGAAGUAUCUUCUUGUCACGUGGAAGGCAAAAUCUGUGGGGCGAUGUCAAGAUUUCGCUUGCUGUGGUUUCCACGUUGUAUUCUCCAGUUAAAACAGCACCUAGGUAUUCUGGCGCUUUCGGUUUAACCACCAAAGC